AGCGCUGGUGGAAUUACUCAGAAGACAUCCACUGUCCUGUUUCAUCACACUGCGUGGACACGUCUGAUAUUCUAUAUUUUUUUUUUAAAGAAAAAGUGACGUAUUUUCCCCUUUCUGUGUUUCGCUGCUUCUCUGUUUAACCAGCCGAGCCAUCACCUUCUUAAGGAGUUUUUUUGUGUGUGUGUGUGUAAAACUAAAGACAUGGCAGAGACAUCGGCAGCUCCGGCCAAAGCCAAGAAAACCUCCAAGCCCAAGAAACCCGCCUCUCACCCAAAGUACUCGGACAUGAUUAAGGCGGCCAUCGUCCACGACGCCAGCCGAAGCGGAGCGUCCCGUCAGUCCAUCCAGAAGUUCAUCAGGAAGAACUACAAGGUGGGCGACAACGCUGAUGUUCAGAUUAAAAUGGCCCUCAAGCGGCUGGUGGAGUCCGGGAUGCUGCGCCACACCAAAGGCAUCGGCGCGUCUGGAUCAUUCAGGCUCACCAAACCGGAGGACUCCAAAAAGUCCCCCAGCAAAAAGCCGGUGGCCGCCAAGGCCAAGAAGGUGUCCAAGCCAGCCGCGAAGAUGGCCAGGAAGGUGUCCAAGCCCAAGAAGGUGACCAAGACGCCAGAGAAACCUAAGAAAGCAGCCCCCAAGAAGAAGAAAGUGCCCAAGAAGACCACCCCGGCUAAAGCCAAGAAGGUGACCGUGAAGAAGCCAAAGGCGGCGAGGGCGACCAAGCCGAAAGCAAAGCCAGUCAAGAAGACGCCCAAGUCCAAGGCAAGGUCCCCCAAGAAGGCCGCCAAAGGAGGCAAAAAGAAGUAAAAGGGACAUUAUCAGAGACUGUGUAAAUAUUCCAGACAUGUCUUCGUAUAUGUAUUAUUUUUGUAAAAUUCCAUACGAACUUCUGCUGUUUUACCAGUAGUCUAUCUGCUGCACCAUUAACAUGUUGAAACGGUAACACAAGUGUACAUGAUCAUGCAAAUAAUGUGUAUACACACACAUACAUACGUUCAACUGUGUUGAUCAUUUAACUUUGUGAUUAUUAUUGUACCAGAUCCCUUAAAUCCAUCCUAAUCGCUCAAACUCUUAAAUUAACAUCACGUUGGAACUCCCUCCAAUAAAACACUAAAAGAAAUGUUCUUGUUUUUUCGAGGGGGGAUUAUGACGAAAUAGUUGAAUGAGUCACAAAGGAGUAUGUUGUAUGAGG